UAGGCCUACUCACUCGGAUAUUGAAUUCCUCAUUGGAACAGCAGUGUGUCCCUACCCUGUGGAAAUUAGCCAACCUUGCAACGAUUCCAAAAGAACUGCCUUUGUCUAGUUGUGAUCAGUUAUUAAGACCUAUCAGUAUCUCAUUGACAAAUAUAAUAAUGACACUUUUCGAAAAACUUCUUUUUAAACAAGAAAUAAGUAUGCAGUCGAAUUUUAUUAUUGGAAAGGAUCAAUUCGCAUAUAAGACAGGCUCAAACACUACAACUGCCCUCAUUAAAUGUCAACACCAGUGGCUUAAAUGGUUGGACGAUGAAGAAGUUGAUUCUGUAAGAGUAAUUUCCUUCGAUUUUAGCAAAGCUUUUGGUACUGUUCCCCACGAUAUUGCCGGCUGUGCGAAAAGCUAA